GGAACAAAAGGGUAGUAGAUACAGCGGAUCUCCACAAUUCUUUCAUUAUUGUUAUUAUUAUACUAAAAAGCGGGCUUCCACCACCGGAAAACCGUGAAGACGCCGACCCACCCAUUCUCUCUUUGCUGGAGCCGGCGAAGAAGCGGCGGUGCCGAGCGCUCCUUUCCGGUCGUCUCAGCUUCUACUUCUCUUUCUCCACGCCAGCUUCUGGGCGAUGGGCGCAUUAGGGUUUUGAUUCCGGAUUUAGGGUUUCCAUUAAAGAUGGAACCUUUAUAUCCUUUUUGACGAGAAGAAGUCAAUUGGAUUUGGUGAGAAGUGGAUUCCUGAUUGCAGAGAGCUCUGAGCUCUUUGUCAUGGCUGUUGCCUUGGGCAACAGCAUUGACCCACCCUAUAACUCUUACAAGGUCCCUGGCCUCGUCGAUCCAAUCCUUGAAACCCCUCACAUCUCCUACCUUGGAGAUAGAUACGUUCUAAGGGAGCAAUUGGGCUGGGGCCAGUUUGGGGUAAUCUGGGCAUGCUCUGACCUGCUCACGGGACAGACCCUUGCCUGCAAGUCCAUCGCCAAAGACCGACUUGUCUCCUCAGAUGACCUCCGCAGCGUCAAGCUCGAGAUUGAGGUCAUGGCCCGGCUAUCCGGCCAUCCUAAUGUUGUCGCCCUCAAGGCUGUGUAUGAGGAGGAAGACUGUGUUCACCUUGUCAUGGAGCUGUGUGCCGGUGGGGAGCUCUUCCACCGCCUCGAGAAGCAUGGCUGCUUCUCAGAGCAUGAGGCGGCUAUCUUGUUCCGGCAUCUUAUGGAAGUCGUGAUGUAUUGCCAUGACAAUGGCAUUGUCCACAGGGACCUCAAGCCAGAGAAUAUUCUGCUGGCCACCAAGUCAUCAUCUUCACCAAUCAAGCUGGCAGAUUUUGGGCUCGCCACCUAUAUCAAACCUGGGCAGAGCUUAUAUGGGACUGUAGGAAGUCCCUUUUACAUAGCUCCGGAAGUACUUGCAGGGGGAUACAAUGAAGCAGCUGAUGUAUGGAGUGCAGGGGUUAUUCUUUACAUUCUUCUCAGUGGAAUGCCACCUUUUUGGGGAAAGACCAAGUCGAGAAUUUUUGAGUCGGUUAGAUCUGCUGAGCUACGGUUCCCAUCUGAUCCAUGGGGUGGUGUAUCACAAUCUGCGAAGGAUUUGAUAACUGGAAUGCUACGUAGGGAUCCUGCUCAAAGGCUUACAGCCAAACAGGUUUUAGAUCAUGCCUGGAUUAAAGAACAUGCAGAGCAACCAAAUGUUCCUUGUGGUCACUGCAAUGAAAUAAAUUUGGGACGAGGAGAUUUGGGAAGUUGUUCGUUCUCCACCCCACUUGUCAAUGCAAGUCGUGAUGUCAGCUUUAGUACCCUGUCCCCUACUCCCUGCCAACAUCAGGCAGAUCAUUCUUCCCCUGCAUCCUCUUGCAGACCAUCAUUCUCUACUUUCAUUGUUGAUACCUCUCCUCUCUCCCAUGCUGUUGGUUUCUCUUUCCGCAGCAGCUUUGAGUCAAACAGUCUCGAAUUCUCAUCCCCAAUUCCAUUGAUGCCUAGUUUUGCUUUCAUCAGUCCUCCGGGUGACCAAGAAAACCUUUUGGGUUUCACGAGCGACAUAUCAAAGGCCAACACAAUUCAGAGAGACUCCAGCUUUGGGAAGCUCUUCAUGUCUCCCGGUUCUACAGCUUGCUUUAGCCAUGAUGUCAGAGUAUCAGAACAUAAGGUGUCUGAGGUUAGAAAGGGCAUGACAGCUUUGUCCAGAACCGCUGGCAUCCACAAGAGACGUAACCACACAAUUGGGCUUGGGGAGUGUGAGCAGCAGCUUGAUCUCAUAGUUUCGGAGUCGGUCAUACGCUGGGCCUCAUGCACGCACCUCUCAAGCACACCAUCUCUCAGGUCUUCUCUUGUUUGUUGAGAUCCUGUGGACCUUUUGUUAAUGUAUGACUUAGAGAUUUCACUGAUUGGAGUGUGUUACUUGAACAUGCAAACAAACUCUGCUACCCUUUUUGGCUAAUUCUUAUGUUACUUCGGUGUAUUGUGGGUGGGAAGCUCCAAAUGUAAUGACAUCUAAUAUAUACUUGUGUGUCAAUCGAAGCACCAGAUGGGUGUUUUGCUGUGUGAGCAUGA